AUGGCUACACCCAGUGUCCUCGCUUUUGACGCUGAGGGUCGAGCCAUUGACUUUGAGGUCUGGCUCGACGACCUGCAGCUGUUUUUACAGUGCGACAGGGCCAACGGUCUAUCUCUCUUUGACCUCACCUCUGGCGCCGUCCCUGCCCCUGCUGCUGAUGCUGACGCCACUGUUCGCUCUCAGUGGGCCACGCGCGAUGCUGCUCCACGUCUUGCUGUGCGUCGCCACCUGCCUACCGCUGAGCGCGCGCACUUUAGCCCGUACAAGAGUGCUCAGACCUUGUACGACGCUGUAGUUGCGCGCUACUCCUCCCCUGCCACUGUUGCACUGAGCCGCCUCAUGCUCCCCUUCCUCUUCCCUGACCUUGCCGCCUUUCCCACUGUCGCUGAUCUCAUCACGCACCUCCGCACUAUCCGGGACCACUUCCUCGCGGUCUGUCCCACUACCCUCACAGUCGACAGCCUCGAGAAGGCCCUUCUUGCAGCAGAGAAGAGCAUAGUUGCUGUAGGAGCCUCUCGAGGUGACCCCUGCGCCCCCAUCUUUGAGGGGUGUUCUCCUUCCCCUCUCCUGCCCUCUGUUGCCUCUGCCGCUGCGGCCGACCUCGUUGGUCUUGAGUCGGUCGGUGCGGCGUCUGCCCCUAGCAGGAGACGCCGCUCUGGCAAGGGCAAGGGGGGCAAGGGAGCGGGUGGGGCCAGUGGGGGCGGUGGCGGUGGAAGUGGAGGCGGCGGAGGGAGUGGGGGUGGCAGUGGAGGUGGUAGCGGGGGUGGGGGUGCUAGUGGCGGCAGUGGAGGCGGGAGUGGCGGCGGCGGUGGCGGUGGUAGCGGAGGUGGCGGAGGUGGCGGCGGUGGAGGUGGAGGCGGGGGCGGUGGAGGCGGAGGCGGGGGUGGCGGAGGUGGAGGUGGUCGGAGUGGAGCUUCGCAGCGGAGCGGCACUGGUGGCGGUCAGCGCCAGCAGCAGCAGCAGCAGCAGCGUUCUUGCGACGUCCCCACCCCUCAGCAGCUCCGUGAGUGGUACACGCAGCGUCAGCACGGUGGGGGUUUUGGUCCCUGCACCUACGUUCUCCGCACUGGCGACCGCACUGGAGAGCAGUGUGGGGGUGCCCACCCCGCCCAGCGCUGCUUUGGUCGCCUAACGGACGCUUGGCGUCAGCAGUUCCCGGAGGCCGCGGAGAUCCCCCGCUGGGGAGAGCUGUCUAGGGCUGGUGUAGCUAUCUUUGAUCUUGAUUUUGAUGCUAUCCUUGCUGCCAUGUAUGCUGUGACCAUUAGUGAUGAGGGUGACUGUUACCGGUGUUUCCCGCCCAACCCGGGCAUUGGUACUGCUGCUCCAGGUGCCGGUGAGGCUUCUGCUCUAGGUGCCAGUGCGUCUGUCCUCUCAGGUGCUCGUGAGACUGCUCUCUCAGGUACUAGUGCGUCUGCGCUCUCAGGUACUGCGUCGGCUUCGGCCUCCCACAACUUCACUCUUGAUUCUGGAGCGUCUCGCUCUUUCUUUCGGGACUGCACCACACUUACGCCGCUUAGUCGGCCGGUUGCGGUUUCCCUGGCUGACCCCUCUGGGGGUCCUGUCCUGUCUCGCUUCUCCACAGUCCUCCCGUGUCCGGCGGCUCCCUCUGGCACCCUGUCUGGUCUCUACCUCCCCUCGUUCUCUACGAACUUGGUGAGUGGUGCUGACCUACAGGAUGCGGGAGUCCACCAGUUCACCCCUGCUCGUCAGCGAGUGACGCACUGCACAGAGGCUAGCACGGGUCGUCACCUGGCUACGUUUACACGUCAGCCAGGGUCGAGCCUGUACACACUGACCACUGCUUCUCCUCCAGGUGCUGAGUCUGGUAGAGUCCCUUCGUCUGGUCAGGUGUUUGCUGCAGCGUCCAGGGCCCUGGCCCUGCCUGUGUCCCCUGUGUCGAGGGGCGCCAGCGUGCUGCCCCUCACUCCUCCCAGUUUCCUCCGAUAA